AUGCAUACCGUGUUCACGAGAGCAAAUGCAAUUCUGGCAUACACGGUAAGUGUCGCCGGUUUCCUGACAUUUUUCUGUUUCCUGUCGACUGUGUUCCUCGACUACCGUGCAGUUGCUAAUUUAAAUACUGUUAAAGUUGUCGUACUACAGCGCGUCCAGGGAAAGAAACGAUCUUGGAUUUUUGACGUUGUAUUGUGGGAUAAAAUAGUUCUCCGUGGUGACAACGCAGUCCUCGAUUUCAAAAAUGUUAACACCAAAUAUUAUUUCUGGGAUGACGGUAAUGGUCUCAAGGGAAACAAAAAUGUGACAUUAACGUUGUCGUGGAACAUAAUACCGAAUGCUGGAUUAUUACCUAGCGUAAAUGCAUUUGGGUCUCAUACAUUUGCAUUCCCACCAGAAUAUACAACUAAUAAACUUUAA